UUUCUGUGUUCAGUGUGAGACACUGGGAUCACUGGUAGAUUCACGCGAUCGUUCACAUGGUGCACAUCCACUGCGUAUUUUUCAUUUCAACACUUGCGUUGCACCGAAACACGUGCCCAUAAUAGUUGUCGGUAUUUUAUUUUUUGUGAAUUAUAUUUAACUAUUAUGAUUAUGUUAAAAACAACGUACGUCCUUUGCACGGUUAUACUUUCACUGUCACGUGCUGUUCAAUCGAGUAGAGAUUUCAUUCACCGUUUGACCAUUGAAGAUUUGGCGACGCGAGACAAUAAUGUCAUAAACGUGCCGGUUGCUUUACCCACUGGCUACGUAGUCAACAGGCCUAGUCAAAAUAUUGGAGAUCGAGUGGACACAAACAAAGAUGGACCAAAUAAAGAAGUUUCAGAAACAGAUAUGUAUCUGCUUGGUGCUAUAGAAAAAUUAGUUCACAGAAUGGAUUUAAUAGAAAAACGCUUGAAACGUUCAGAAGAGCUCAUACAGCACAUUGUUGAAGGAAGUGCAGCAAACAGAGAAGAUCCUUGUCCGAGUAAUUUCACACGUAUAGCACACGCCUGUUAUCACUUUAGCGAGAGACAGUAUAACUGGAAGUCGGCUAUGUCGAUGUGCAAGAGUUUGGCAGGAAAUCUGUUGGAAUUCGACAAUAGAGAUGAACAGAUCGACGUACUGACGUACCUCAUCGGUGAUAAGUAUCUAAGAGGUUACGAUUAUUGGACGGGAGGUCUGAACCCAGGUCUUCUGUGGAUAUGGGCCAACAGCGCGCGGCCCGUGGUGCCCAAGGACUCUGCGAGGCCAGAAGAUCAGAUCACUGGGUCCGGUCGGUGUUUGCGGCUUACUCUGAACGCGGCGACCAAGGUGUACGUGUACUCGGGCGCGGAAUGCAGUAACCGGCACAGAUACGUGUGCAAACACGAAGAAAAUGCGACGGACAAGGCGCUAACCAGGAUACACAAAGCGUUAAAAGACGGCAGCCGGCAGCAGAAAACGGCCGUGCCACUGUCGCCACUUAUCACAGGGACUGUACACUCGUAAAUUAUAUGUACCUAUGACGUAAGAGCAUUAAACUAAAUAUUGUAAAUGAAUAAUUUAUUCUACUUAAAAAAAUUAUUUUUUAAAAAAAAAAUCUGAAACGCACCAAACGACAUCGAAACUAUUAAAAGUUAUUAUCGUAAAACGUUAUUUCAAUGUAUGCGCAGCGAAUAAUAUAGUAAAAGUAUAUUCAUA